AUGGGGGUUCGUACGACCAGCCAGCCACACGGCACGAUGGAAGGACAGCUGAAUGUCUUGUGCGCGUGCAGUAUAGCUCCAUUCCCCACUAUGAUGAAUCCUGUUGCUAUGCUCCCCCCGUUGGCACCAUAUUCGGUUGCUGCUGCGAGAGUGCGUCGAGCGCCAGCUUCGUCGCCGAGUGUGGACAGUGGUAAGCAACAAAUCAAGGGCAAAACAUGCAGCCAGCCAGCCAGCCAGCACGAGGGAAAUGUGUCUGUGGUUUGGAUUGAUGGACGGACAAAUAAAUGGCUGCUGGUUGCUUGCAGUAGCGUGUCCUCUAGACGCAGAGACGGCACGAGCAAAGGCAGCGAGGAGUUGGCCGGCCUGGCGAGAAUCGCCGGCGACGUCACGCACGCCAAACGGAAGUCCACGGUGAGUGAGUGAGCAGACCGGACAGAGGCUGUGAUGUUGGUUGAAUUGCCUGUAUGCCAUGUGAUGUUGUGUGUGGCUGUUUUUCUCUCCCCGACCACCCACUCCUCACCCCACAAUGCCCCACAAUGCAGGGUAUCUGCCAUCAGUACACGGCGUGGCACAGAAGUGAAUGUGUGUAUUUCUGUAUGUGUACACUUUUGUCUCGGCUUCAGAUGCGACAGCGGAGGGAUGCACCAAACUGGCUAACGGCGACAUGGAGUGCGCUACAUUCAAAGAUGUCUGCGAUUAUCACACGGUUCGCACGAGCAGACGCAGGGCACGAUGGAGGCAGAGCUGAUUGUGUUGUAUGCAGUAUGACUACGCCAACCUCGUGA